AAUUUAAAGAGACAACAGCUCGGAGAUCGUCCUGAAAGUGACAGCCCUGCUCGCCUGCAGCAGUGAGAGGACCGGGCAUCUCUAGGAGAAAGUGGCAGGGGGACCAGUGAGCAUCACCUGGGGACUGCACCUGCCCACGGAGAGCAGGAAGGGGACGAGGCAGGGAAGGGGACGAGGCAGCAUCACAGGCAGCCCCAUAUACUCUCUACAACAGCUUAACAGGGGAACCUCCAGUGUACAGAAUGAUCAGUGUCCAGUAGCUGGCAUUGUGCUGUGCGAUGGGAGAGAGAUGACAUAGGCAUGCUCCUGCUGACCUGCUAUCAGUGUAGUUUCCCUUCUCUCUGCACAUUGCCUGGCACAGGAGGGGUGGAGUGCAGGCUGAGAUCAGAGCUGGGGGGAUCAUUGUAGGUACUAUAGGUAUGUGGAGAUAUAGGAUAUAAUUAUACACCUGCAGGAGGACAGGAAGAAAGGCAGCAGUCACUCCAACCCCAGCCCAAGGAUGUGAUCUGCCUGUGCCAGGACCUGAAGAUGUGUGACUGAGGACUGCUCCAGGUCAGCAGGGUUCCAGCCAUCAUUGACCUGGGAGAAGACUAUGCAGGACUGAGAGCUCCACAGCAUCACCUGUCAUCCUCCCAUCAGCUGGGACUCAGUUCCUGCCAUGCAGAACAAGGCAGUAACAGUGAUUGUGUUCCUGAAAUGGAUUGUCUCAGUGCACUCAGAUGCCGCCAAGUACCAGCAUCCCAGAUGCGAUGGUCGUUCCUGCAACCCGCCAAUCGGCAAUCUUGCCACUGGCCGAACUCCGGUCACCUUCACCACUUGUGGGCAGAAUGUCAGCGAAUUCUACUGCUUUUAUCCCGAUGACCGAUACCAGCGGGCACCUCACUCGUGCAGUCAGCCGCACUGUACAAAAUGUAGCGUCAGCCAGCCAGAGAAUUCCCAUCUCCCCUCUCACAUGACGGAUGACGUCUUCUCCAGCCCAGGUACUUGGUGGCAGUCGGCGCAGGGCGUCCUCCGGGAGGAGAUACGGUUGGAUUUUGAGACAGAAUUUUACUUGACGCACGUCAUCAUGGUCUUCAAGUCACCGCGGCCUGCGGCAAUGGUGCUGGAGAGGUCCGUGGACCGGGGCAAUACCUGGAGCCCUUAUAAAUAUUUUGCCACAAACUGCACGGCCACAUUUAGCCUCAAGGAUGAUCUGUUUGAAGAAGGGUCAUUGUGCACAUCCAGGUACUCCGACGCCCGGCCGUGUACAAGAGGAGAGGUGAUAUUUAGAGCCCUAACUCCAGCUAACAGGAUCCAGGAUCCCUACAGUCUCCUGGCACAAGAUCGGCUAAAAAUCACCAAUCUGAGACUGGUUCUGCUGAAGAGACAGGACUGUCCGUGCCAGGCUGCGGCCGGGUCACACCAGAAGCCGCAGAGAUUCGCUCAUUACGCCAUAUAUGACCUGAUCGUGCGCGGGAGCUGCUUCUGCAACGGGCACGCGGAGGAGUGCGAGGAGGCCGGGAACGUGCGUGGACCGGAAAUCGCUGUCCAUGGGAAGUGCGUUUGCCAGCAUAACACAGCGGGAGAUCACUGCGAACGCUGUGCCCCCCUAUAUAACGACCACCCAUGGCAGCCGGGAGAUGGCAAAACGGGAGCGCCUAAUGAAUGCAGACGCUGCCGUUGCCACAAUCACGCACUGAGCUGUCGCUUUGACCGUGAAGUCUGGCUGUCCUCUGGGAAAAGGAGCGGCGGAGUGUGUGAGAACUGCCAGGAUAAUACGGAGGGGUAUCGCUGCCAGAGAUGCAGGGCUGGUUACUACAGGGACCAUACCGUACCCAUCAGUUCCCCUGCCGCGUGCAAAGAAUGUUCCUGCAAUACGAUUGGUUCCGUUAACGAAACAUUAAACCAUAGCUGGAAAUGCCACCCCAAGACGGGAUUCUGUUACUGCAAACCCGGUGUGGCCGGCCCAUACUGUGACCGCUGCUUAAUGGGGUACUGGGGAUUCGGGGAGAAUGGCUGCCGAUCAUGUGACUGCGCAAGGGAUUGUGAUCCGUACACAGGAGAGUGCGGAAACAGUGACCAUGAGAAUACGAAUUAUCUGAACAUUCCUAUUGGAGGAAGGAUCCCUGACAUCAUAGAAGCGCCAGCCAAUGAGAGUGAAGAUGAAUGGAAUUGGACCAGUGAACAGGGCUUUUCAGCGCUAAGGCAUCCAGAGAAGUGUGUCUGCAAAGAGCGGAUGUUGGGGAGCAUCACGGAUUUCUGCCAGAUGAAAUACGCAUACGUGAUAAAAGCCAGAAUCUUGUCUGCGCACGAUAAGGGCACGCACGCCGAGGUGGUGGUGAAAGUCAGGAAGGUCCUAAAAUCAGGAAAAGUGAAAAUUGGACGAAACAACAGGAGCAUCUACCCAGAAUCGUGGACAAACCGUGGCUGCACCUGCCCUAUCCUUAACCCAGGUAUAGACUACCUAAUAGCGGGACCAGAAGACACACGGAGCAACAAGUUGCUGGUCAACAUGAACAGUCUGGUUAAGCCUUGGAAGGCAGCUUGGGCGAAGCAGGCGGCUGAUUUUAUCCGGUCAGGCUGCAAAUAAGAGUGUGGACUAUUGGGGAGGUGGCUCUGCCGCUUCCUCAUAAACAGAUUUUAUCCUAUACACAUGCCUCUGGCAGUAGCAUAGACUUUAUUGCAAUCAGAAGGGGCACUUAUGCCUCAGCACGUACCAUUUGUCUCUCCGGCUUCUCAGUGCACUCCCGUUAUACGACGUGGCUUUAAAGCACAAAGACGACCUCCGUAAGUGGCAUAUACCAUGGGUCUUCAACCUGCGACCCUCCAGCUGCUGUGGAACUACACAUCCCAGCAUGCCCUGCCUCAGUUUUAGCAUACCUUAAUAGCAAAACUGUGGCAGGGCAUGCUGGGAUGUGUAGUUUCACAGCAGCUGGAGGGCCACAGGAUGAAGACCCAUGGCAUAUACAGUAGCAGAGACCAGAACUAGGUGGAUCGUCUGCCUGGCUGAUACCUCCUGUAGCAAACAAUGCCAGAUGCUUUCAGAAAAGAGGCCUAGAUGGUUAUAUAUUAUGCAUGUAAGAUUCAGAGAGAGAGUGCAUACGAUUUCUACCAAGCAGUGAACUUUUACACCAUGGCGCAGACGGAAAAAAGAUGUUGUCUAAGCAUCCUUGCGUGUUGUUAUCCAGUAGGAGAUGGCUAUAGAAGAGAAUGGCUUAUAGCACAUGAUACGGCUGUGGAUUUUGCAUUGCUGGAAAGAACACACUGGAUGUGAAAAUCAGAACAUUAACAUAUUACAAAUUAUGCUACCUUUGGCUUCUUGCAAUAUAACCACAACUGCAGACUAACAGCCGCACAACCAAAGUAUUGUCCAUCACUCGGUGGGGAUAUUUCCAGUACAGUAAAAUAACUAUUUAGUUUGUUUGUAUUUGAAAAGUAACACCAUACAGAUGAAGUGAAUCGGUCGCUUACAAGUGGUGAAGACAGCCAUGUUUUUGUAGACUGAACCAAUACAGAAUACAUAACCAAUACAAAAUAGAAUGCAGCCUAUCAACUCGUAGGAGGUGAUGACAUCACUGAGUUCUGAUUGGCUACAUUCCUAUGUGCAUUGUACAAGAUGGCUGCCCCCACCCAUGCACUUUAAUGGACCGAUUAGUUCUAAAAAGCAACCACGUCUUUUCCCCAGGGUCUCAUGAAAGCCUGUGUUAAAGAUGGGGAGAGGUCUAUAUUAGUCUGCACCUGAUUAUUUUCUACAAUAAAUGGUUUAGAAAACCCUUCUGAGACUAAGUGGCUGAACUCGGAUUUCUCUGUAAAUAUUACGUUCCGGAGCAGCUGCAGAUUUCGUAGCCCUUUAACGGUCAUGUCUCUGGGGAAUUCUAGAAACCCUUUGGUUUUUUUUGUACCUCAAAUCUAAAUUAAAAGUUAUUUAAACAUG